UGCAAGAACAAUCCUUCUGAAAUCACUUAUCCCCCUUUUUUAUUCUUUUCAGAGUUUCAUUCAGAAUUGCCUAAAAACUCAGACAUGAUUUUCUUAAUUUUUAUUUGUUUUAUCGCAGUAAACGCUGGACCACCCGUUUUCAACGACGACUUUUCAAACAUAACUGCGAAAGAAAAUGUGGUUCUGAAGGUCCGGUGCUCUGCCACUGGUGAUCCUCAUCCUACCUACGAGUGGUAUAACGAACAUUCUAAGACAGUGGGUCCCCAUUUGGACCCUCCCAUUUGGGUUGAAAAUGAGGUCGAUAACGGGACCCUGCUUAUCUUCAACGUGACAUCUAAAAAUCAUAGUGGAAGCUACACAUGCGACGCCAAAAACUCACACGGACUGAGAAGCAAAGUAUUUGAGAUCAACAUCAUUGGAGGAGAAGAGGAAUCGAGCAUUCAAGUGCUGAAAGUCACAGAUACGAGCGUGAAAUUUAAGAUUGUUGAUGAAUUAAAUGAUGGGAAGUAUUCCCUGAAAUACAGUGAAAUCUAUGAGAAAACAAUAUAUUAUUAUAGAUUUAAUGUUACAGACAAAAGUAAGGAAAUAACCAUCAGUGGAUUAACACCCAGUGGUCUGUAUAGCUUCAAUUUUUCUCGAGGAGCGAGGGGCGAAGAAAACAAAGAGUGGACCUUGAAUCUGACUGUAGUUCUUUUACCCGCCAGACCAGAGGUCAUAUUCCAUAAGCUGAAUGAUGGCAUCUUGACAUUCUCUUGGUUUCGAAUAUUUGAUGACUUCGUGAGGAAAACCAUCGACAAAUACAUUUUGACCUACACUAGUGUAAGCAUGGUUGGCGGAAGAUCUUGGAAAUACAAUGAAUGCCACGCCACCAUUGAAAUACCAGUGUGCUUUGGUUCCCAAUACACACUAGCCAAUCUCUUUAGCAAACAAUGGUAUGAAAUAAGUCUCACAGCUCACACGUCAGCAGGAUAUGGAGAACCUUUCAAAAACAAAAUAUAUAUAAAUUAAAUUUCUCAUUUUUGUACCAUCUUUCAAACUCUUAAAUAUUGUGCAUAUCUCUUCCUUUUUUUAUCCAAAAAUUGGAAAUUGGAAUUUUUCAACUUACUUUUAUCUUAUGCAAAUAUAAAAAAUAAAAUU